GCGAAAAGGAUUCGCAACUGCGCGAUCGACGCAAGGGCACAUCCGUCCAAGCUCCCGCGCCUCGUCGAUAGCAUGCAAGCUCUGUAUAUCCCCCUCCUACAGUCGCCUAUUCGGGGUACACAAAUCUGCAGCUCUGACCUCGAUCCUCUCGGAAGCAGACUCUUGCUCAGCCCUGCAGUGGCAAUUCUUCUCCUAUCAUUCGAUCGUGUAUCUAAUUCGAAAUCAGCGGGAGGGGAAGAGAACCGUGGUGAUUGUUUGAUUAGCUUCUCGUUGUGUUGAAAUAUUCUGCCGGAGAGUGGAGGCUGGCAGAGGGAGCGAGCGGGUGAGCAGGAGAGCAGGAGAGCAGGAUGGCACAGCUCGCGUCGGGCAUCCGGUUGGAUCUGAGCGACGAUUGCAAGUCCAAAUUCAUGGACUUGAGGACGAAGAAACACUACCGAUACAUCAUCUACAAAAUCGACGAGAAGUCGCAGCAGAUUGUGGUGGAGAAAGCGGGCGCUACUAACGAGAGCUACGACACUUUCGCUGCCUGCCUUCCGGAGAGCGACUGCAGAUUCGGAGUAUUCGACCUGGAAUUUACCACCGACGACAUGUGCCAGAAGAGCAAGAUUUUCUUCAUUUCGUGGUCACCCGACACCUCCAGAAUCAAGGCCAAGAUGAUGUACGCGAGCUCCAAGGACAGGUUCAGGAGGGAGCUCGACGGCAUACACUACGAGCUUCAGGCCACCGACCCCACCGAGAUGGACCUCGAAAUCCUCAAGGAUCGUGCCAGCUGAAGCGCCAGAUGCUCGCAUGAACUUUCCGGCUUGUUAAAUUCAAAUCUGCAGCGUAUCGGGUUCGUCUCUGCUUCGGAGGUAGACAACCAGUGAUUACUAUUUUCGUACCUAUUUCCUUGCACUCCAAAUCGGCAAUCGGGCUUCUUCUACAGCUAAAGUGCAAUUGUGUCCAUUUCCACUUCGAGCAUCACAUGGUGAAUCGAUUGACAUGCCACAGGCUCUCAUGCCGUGUCUCACCGACCGCCCAGACUGCAGAUUACGUCCCCAAAGUGACGAAUUUCAAUCAUUCUGCACUGGAAUGAAUGCAAUCGGAUGUUACUGAAAAGCGAGAGGAAGAUUCUCAGAGACAGACAGUCGGAACCGAUUCCAUGCAAUGAUUUCAUACUUGGUGUAGACUGCUUGGGAAGCUAGAGAGCAAAUUCAUCAUUUUACCGACUGACAAGAGUUGUAUAUAUUUCCAUUUGAAUUUAAUCAAAAAAUUUUUCCUGUCUCCAAUUCGCCGCUCCUGUGAUAAAUAGAAAACCGAAGCUUUCAGCAAGUGAUCGAAUUUUUUACCACCUUCACUGAUUUAGCGUUUUUGAUUGGUGUCCACACACGAAUGUCACAAACCAUGGUGAUGAGAUUCAAAUAACGAUCUUCGAAUAUUUAUCCAAGG